UCUUUUGGUUAUUUUUUUAUUUUUUUUUAUUUUAAAGAAUUAAGAUGGUAUGUUGUGACCCAUAAGAAAAAAGUGAUAUUCAUAUAUGACAAGUGAGGCAGCAAGAGAAUGCAAUCAGUGAGUCUUGUGUGUCUCUCCAAUUCGUUGUUUGGAUCUGCCGUCACUGCUGCUCCUUCUUCUUCUUGUCUUAGGUUCCCCCCACUCUUCCGAAGGAUCACAAAUUCAACAACGUCGUCGUUUCACUUACAAAAUUGUCGACCUCUUCGCUCCACUGGUUCUUCAGCUAGUGACUCGGCACAAGUUACAGAAAUGGCUUCCAAGGGUGCUCAAGAUCAAGACCCACGUAUGGCAAGAAUCUCAUCUGCAAUCCGAGUCAUCCCCAACUUUCCUAAGCCAGGUAUUAUGUUUCAAGAUAUAACCACGCUGCUGCUUGAUACAAAGGCUUUCAAAGAUACCAUUGACUUGUUUGUUGAGAGGUACAGAGAUCAAAAUAUUUCUGUUGUCGCAGGCAUUGAAGCGAGAGGCUUUAUAUUUGGCCCACCCAUUGCAUUAGCUAUUGGAGCAAAAUUUGUCCCCAUGAGGAAACCCAAUAAAUUGCCAGGGGAGGUUAUCUCAGAAGAGUAUUCUUUGGAGUAUGGAACUGACAAAAUGGAGAUGCAUGUAGGAGCUGUACAACCUGGAGAACGAGCCUUAAUCAUAGAUGAUCUUAUUGCCACUGGUGGAACUUUAUGUGCAGCAAUUAAGCUACUAGAACGUGUUGGGGUGCAUGUUGUUGAGUGUGCUUGUGUGAUUGAAUUACCAGAGUUAAAGGGGCGAGAAAGGCUAGGCAACAAGCCGCUAUUUGUCUUAGUUAAUGGUGCCUGAUCUUUGUUCUUGUGAUUGUGUUUUAGUUAUUGAACAUUUGAGCUCGCCCUUGUUAGGAGCUUUAAUGAUGACUGCUUAGAUUUCAUCGAGAGAUAUUGCGAUGGUAUUUGCUGCAGAAAGCUCGAGUCUUUGUACUCUCGGUUCUGCUCUCUAAGUAUUUUAUUUUUAAUUAGAAUUA